AUGGAUAUGGAGGUGGCGGAUCCACAGAGUAUAUCGCACUUGGCUAAAUCUCUGGGUGUACUAGACACCACAGUUGCAAACCUCACCCAUGUUGUGGAAAAAUUACAACAGACUGACUCUAGAGCACCCGGUGAACAGGCUUGCUACAAUGGAACUGGUAUGGGUGUGUUUGGUAGCAGGAGCUGCUUAACUGUUUUAAUCAAGGACAAUAACAGAAAAACGACAGAGUUAGUCGACCAGAUAAAAAUUAUUGACAACGUGCACAAAGAUUUAUUGUUUGAAUCCCAAAGAAUGGAUUAUUUUAAAAUAUUUAACAGAAUUGAUUGCACUGUGAAUGAUAUUAAAGAUGGUAAGAAUCGUAAACUGGCAAGGGAUGAAAGUCAGUCUUUGCACCCUUCAUCAAGUGGUGGACCCCAUGUUGUCAAGAAAGUGCAAAAAAACAGAAAUAACUAUGCGUCAGUGGAAUGUGGAGCAAAGAUUCUGUCUGCAAACCCUGAAGCAAAGAGCACAUCAGCCAUUCUGAUUGAAAAUAUGGACCUGUAUAUGCUGAAUCCAUGCAGUGCCAAAAUCUGGUUUGUAAUUGAGCUCUGUGAGCCCAUACAGGUUAAACAGCUCGACGUAGCCAACUAUGAAUUGUUCUCUUCAACUCCCAAGGAUUUCCUUGUUUCUAUCAGUGACCGUUAUCCAACCAACAAGUGGAUUAAGCUGGGUACAUUUCAUGCCAGAGAUGAGAGAACAGUGCAGAGCUUUCCUUUAGAUGAGCAGAUGUAUGCAAAAUAUGUCAAGAUGUUCAGCAAGUACCUCAAGGUGGAGCUAAUAUCCCAUUUCGGAGCGGAGCAUUUUUGCCCCUUGAGUCUCGUAAGGGUGUUUGGUACAAGCAUGGUGGAAGAAUACGAGGAAAUUGCAGAUUCUCAGUAUCAUACUGAACGGCAAGAUCUUUUCGAUGAAGAUUAUGACUACCCAUUUGAUUAUGCUGGUGGUGAAGAUAAGAAUUCUAAGAAUCUGCUUGGUUCUGCCACAAAUGCCAUUUUGAACAUGGUGAACAUUGCCGCUAACAUCCUGGGAGGAAACAACGAUGGGAAGGAAGCAUCCGGCGCACAAGUUAAUGGCAGUUUUCCAACUCUGAAUAUCACCGAUACAACAGAGCUCCCAACACCAUCACCUCUUCCUGCCCCAUCGCUGCAGAGUGUAGAAGCAACACUGCCAAGUGCACCUCCAUUUGCUUUACCAACUGCAUCUUCUGUUCCUGCUGAAGCUCCAAUUGUCCAGUUAGUAGAAGAUGAAGAGGAGGACAGCAGUGUGCUUUCAACAGUGACAUUAAUAGAUCAGGAGGAAGAGGAUGAGAAAUCUGCGUUGCAUUACACAGAAAGCCAAAUAUACUGUAAUGAAAUGAGCAUUUCUUGUGUAGCCAGCUUUUUGGAGUAUGUGUACAAGUGGUGCUCCGCUGAAGAGGCCUUCCACCGGCAGUGGAGUAAAACUAUAGCAAAUAUAAAACACCAACUAACUUUGGUCACUGUACAGCCACCUCUUCCAGAGUUGGAACAGACUGUCUCCAUCAGAAUCUCCCAAGAAGACAUUCUGCCUGCUGUUACAGAAUCCUUCCUGGAUGAGAAGGUCCCUGAUGCAUCAAGUGACAUUCAGUCAGCUGAGCUGCCAGACACUGUGAAAAACCAGUCAGCUGAGCUCCUUGAGUUGGAACCGAGCCAGACAUCACAAGUAUGCCAAUCUGCUGUACUUGAUACCACCUCCACAGCUGCAUUACCUGAAGCUACCAGCAAACUGAUAGAAGAGAGCCUUGUUGACACUGCCGAACUAGAGACUUCUAUGGACACGUACAGUGAGGCUGCACAGGGCAGUGCUACUGUUGUUGUAGAGGAGGGUUCUGAACUUCUGGAGACUGUCACAAGAAGUGAAACAGUGAUUGCAUCCAAGGGUCCCAUUGCUUUGCAGACAGCAGAUAAGGUCAAGGACUUUGUGACGUUAGUUGAGUUGGCAAGUACUGUAUCCAGUGGAGAGGCUGUUGAAAAAGACAAGGCUGUACUGGAACUGCAGGAGCCCGAGACACAGACACAGCCGAUGGAUACUUUGAUCCAAUCACUUGUAGUGGAGCUGCAGGAAGAGGAGGAGCAAGCAGCUGAUGAGCUCGCUAGUGUAUUGCAGAGGACAGCCACAGACUUUUACGCUGAAUCCCAAAAUGCAUCCGAACUAGUGAACUCUAAUGGGAACCAAGUGCAUGGCUCCAAUCAGAAGGAGUCUGUAUUUAUGAGGUUAAAUAACCGCAUCAAAGCUCUUGAAAUGAACAUGUCUCUUAGUAGCCGCUAUCUGGAAGAACUAAGUCAGAGAUACAGAAAACAGAUGGAAGAAAUGCAAAAGGCAUUUAACAAGACUAUUAUAAAACUUCAAAAUACCUCAAGAAUUGCAGAGGAGCAGGAUCAGCGGCAAACAGAGGCUAUUCAGCUUCUGCAGGAGCAGUUAGCGAACAUGUCUGAACUUGUGACGAGCUUGUCCGCAACUGUAGUUAAGUUGCAGCAAGAGGUUUCUGAUCGACAGGCUUACUUUGCAGUUUCACUAGUGCUUUGUGUGAUCCUGGGGUUAAUGCUGUGCAUACUACGCUGCAAAAGUGUGACCCAGUCACAAGAUCCAGAAACAAAAAUUCCAAAAAGCAAUCACUACCCAAGCCCUAAAAGGUGCUUCUCUUCAUAUGAUGAUAUGAAUCUUAAAAGGCGAACAUCCUACCCAAUGAUGCGCUCAAAAUCUUGCCAGUUCCACACUGCAGAUGUGGGUCCUGAUGAUUUAUUCAUUGUUGAACCAUUGAAGUUCUCACCUGGAAAAAAGAAGAAACGUUGCAAAAUGAAAAGUGAAAAGAUUGAAACCUUGAAACCAGUAAACCCUGUACAGCCUGUGCAGCCCGUGGUGAAUGGCAGUGUGAACUCAUGUCCGCCUUUUACAGGCCAGAAAGACUUCUCAAAGGCUGGCGAUGUUUUCACAUCUUCUUGUAAGGGUCCACCUUCUGAAGGAAGCUCUGAGACUUCUUCCCAGUCUGAAGAAUCCUACUUUUGUGGCAUUUCUAGUUGCUCUGCUCUUUGUAACGGGCAACAACAAAAGACAAAAGCAGAGAAAAGAGCACUUAAAAGAAGACGGUCAAAGCCGUCGGAGCAGGGAAAAUUUAUAAAAACCUUAAUACACACAAACUCGGGGUCCAUGGCAAGUCUGCACAACAUCUUAAAAGGCAGUAAGGACAUCAGAGUUGGAACAUUUGGUGUUGCUGCAGUUUCGGAGCAUGACUAGAAGGAAACAAAAAUCUGGUGGACAAAUAUGUUUUUGGAGUAUUCCAUGACAGUGCAAUUUGGUAGUAGGUUCACAACUGUGAACACUGAGAAGAUAUUGCAGAAGAGGUAUUUGGUAUUUAUUAUGGGAUGGCCUUUUCACUUGGGUCACUCUUCACAGGUCUUAAUUGGAGACCUUCCACAAAAUGACACAUUGACUUUGAUAGUUUCAAAUGUUUUUGCAGUGCAAUUGAGACAGAUGACUCGUUUUAAUUUGUGGCCAGAACAGGGGUAAAAGCACAUUCCUUUUUCCUUCAGCUUUGUCCCUUGGACUUGAGCCUUUCAAUGUUUAUGUGCCUUUGUCUAUUUAAAACUCCACUGAAACAGGAAAAGGACUGUAAUUUCUAUUUGAGUUCAGCUGCUUUUCUACUUUUUCCCUUUGGCAGAAAACACUACAAUGCUGUAAAGGUGAAUAACUUAAUUAGGGAAAUGUUUCAAAUGAAAGUAUGUGUGUUAACACAUAAUUAGGCUUUGUUUUAAACUGUCCAGGAAAAGACUGCAAAGAUUAAAAGCAUUGCCUUACGAGUCAGUGCGAGUUUACUGAGCCACUACCACUUAAGAUUCUUUGUAAAAUGUUUGAUACUAGAAAAAUGGUAGUGUAACUUAAAACCCUAAACAUAUGGGAGGGGGUGCAGUCAGUUUUCUUUAAAUUCUGUAGCAGGUAGUGAGGAAUUAACAUUCCCAUUUUUUUUAGUGUAGUAACUGGCCUAGUGGAACUGUAUUAGCAUUUCAGAUUACUUUAUUUUUCAAGAUUGCAUAAUUUUUGGGUGCAGGCUACCAACUUUGCAUAGGCAGGAUGAAGCCCGGGCAUUACUUACCAGACUAAGUCACCCUGUGCAUCAGCGUGAAUUGUGACCCAGACGGGACACAUUCCCAGCAUGCUGCUAUUUAUUCUUUUAGGAACCCAUUUCUUUGUAGUUUGCCCUUCUUUGAACACACGUGGGAGAGACUGAUAUGUUGGAAUUAAAGAUUUGCAGAUUCGUGCAUGCUUUUGCCUUGCAUGCUAAUAUUUUUUUUAAAUGUAUUGGCUUACUUCCUUUAUUGUAUAGCCAAACAGUGCCCUUUACCUCCAAAGCUCACCCCAAGAAGUUACUUGCAGUUCCAGAUGAUUUUUAAGAAAUAUUUUCUCCUGUGUACUGUUAGAGAAAUAUCUUUGAAUUUGUUGUAAUGUGCUGAAAAUACGCAGUAAAGUUUCUGUCUUUUCUGAGUGACUUGGGAAGAAAGGAUGUCUAGCGGCUGAAGUUGCAAACGCAGGUUGGUCCCAAUUCAGUUACUGACCUUUAGGUAACACACAUCUGAGUUUGUGCGAGUGUGUUUGUGAGUGUGGGUAGCGAAACAGUAGGUUUCAUCUUGUACUGCGCUAAUCAUUUAAGUGUUUUGAAACAAGUGUUGAAAGACCAUAGUGAUAAAGUUGUAUGAAUGUGCUGUGACUGUGCAACAUGCAUUUGUUUUUGAUGAUAACAUUUAUCAGAUUGUCAGGAAAUGUAAGUUAUAACUCGCUGUGCACAUUUAAGGAUACAUUUUUACAGUCUGAAUGACUUUAUCUGUUUGUUAUGUAGCAUAUUUUUUGUGACUUUUCUGUAUAAUUUUCUGUCUUGAAUUGCUAAUGUGUCUCCCCAGCAGACUGUAAAUUGGCCAGUUACUUGAUGGUACGUUCCCUGACCCCUACAGUGAGCCACGUUCCAGAGCACAAAUUUAUUUGUACUUGAUCUUUUAAGUGCAGUGAACAUCUGCACAGAGCAAAAGCUAAGUAAGGUAACAAAGUGUAGCAUUGUUAGAUACUGUGAAUUUCCAAAUAAAUCUCAACACUUUACCAUCUUUUACUAAA